AUGGCUUCCAAUGGAACAAGCUCAAUAGCGGAUGCCUUAUCGCCAGAUACUGCACUGCUGGAGGCCCUCGUACCAGGCUAUCGAAUCAUUUCCCACUUCUUCAUGUCAUACCUCAAAAUCGACACCAACGGCUAUCUCCAAAUUUUGAUUGGUUUCGCCCUACUCGUAGGGUGCAUACAAUAUCUGCAUCCCACUAUCUUGGAAAAUAUCGGUGAUCUCAUCAUCUCAACGGCAGAAAUUCGCAUGGAGGACGAGGUGUUUAACUACAUGAUGUACUGGAUCUCCCGUCAAUCGCAUAUGAAGCGUACGAGUCGAUUUCUUGCUAGCCUCAAGUUCAAACACGACCCCUGGGCCGAUUCAGACGACAGUGAUAUUGAAGACAGCGACGAUGAAUCUUGGGACGAGUCAAAAAGCAGCAACACCUCCACCACUACGUUCGACGAUUACUGGGCGAAAAUGAUGAAUCGAGACAAGUACAAGUCCAUCAAUUUCACACCAUCCGAAGGCUCUCACUAUUUCCGCUAUAGGGGCCGUCUCAUAAAGCUACGCCGUACACAAGAAGAGAACAGGCCUCACAACUUUGGCAGAAAUGAGCGACUGUGGCUAUCAUGUUUAGGAAAGAAUCCGGAAAUACUCAGGCAGCUGUUGCUAGAAGCUCAAAAGGCCUAUAUCGAGCGCGAUGGAAACCGCACUUUGAUCUACCGCGCAAAACGGGACUAUGAUCGGAGUUUUACCUGGAUUAGGUGUAUGUCGCGAUCACCGCGUCCUAUGUCCUCUGUCAUCCUCAAUCAGGCACAGAAGCAAGAAUUUGUUGAUGAUAUGCGAGAAUAUCUUCACCCGAAAACUCGCCGUUGGUAUUUUGAUCGUGGAAUUCCGUACCGUCGCGGGUACCUGCUUCAUGGCCCUCCUGGAACGGGGAAGACGAGUCUAUGUUUCGCGGCGGCGGGAUUGUUGGGGUUGAAGCUGUACUUGCUGAAUCUGAAAACGAAUGGGUUGGAUGAAGAGUCUAUGUCUUCGCUAUUUGCGAGCUUGCCCCGGCGUUGCAUUGUGUUGCUGGAGGACAUUGACACUGCGGGAAUUACUAAAACUCGGGGGAAAACUGUUAUCCCUGGGGACGGGGGUGGCCCUGUAAUUCCUGCUGCUGAGGAUGACCUUGACGAGUCUUCAAAAGAUAGCAUCACCUUGUCUGGACUGCUGAAUGUGAUUGAUGGCGUGGCUGCUAGUGAAGGUCGGAUUCUCGUCAUGACGACCAAUCAUCCCGACAAACUAGAUCCAGCUCUUCUUCGUCCAGGUCGCGUGGACAUGUCCAUCAGCUUCGGGUACAUGUCAGAGGAUGAUAUUAAGGAGCUCUUUGCAUCGAUGUACAGGUUUAUCGGAAGUGAUCGUCCAUACGCACCAAAUGACCCACGGCAAGCCAAUGGACCGGUCAAGGGGGAGGUAGAAAACGAUGAAGAUACCACAAGAGAACAGGAAAAGCGAGAUGCUUCACUCGAUGCUCGGAUUUCUAAUCUCUGUGUCUCAUUUGCUCAGGCUAUACCAACCGGCGAGAUUACUGCUGCGGAAAUCCAAGGCUACCUGCUAAACCACAAGGAUAACCCCGAAGCCGCCGUUGCAGGGGCGGCGAAGUGGGUCGAGGAGAUGCGGAAGAACAGGGAAACUUGA